CUCUCCUUCUUCCUCCUCUUCUUCACACCUCUCCCCUCUUUUCUUGUCAUUAACCCCUUUGCUCAUUCAUAAUGUUCGCUGCUAAGCGUGCCACUGUUGCCUUCAACGGUCUCAAGGCCCUCUCAUCCAAGACUGCCAUGCGCUCGAUGGCCUCUCAGGCUGCCGGCUCCAUGCCUGGCGCCUUCAACGCCAAGAAGAACGCCAACGGCAACUUCACUGUCACCCUCAUUCCUGGUGACGGAAUUGGUCCCGAGAUCUCAGAGUCUGUUGUCAAGAUCUACAAGGCCGCUGGCGUCCCCAUUGAAUGGGAACCCGUCAGUGUCACCCCUGUCCUUAAGAAUGGAAAGAUCGCCAUUCCUGACGAGGCUCUUCACUCUGUCAAGAAGAACACUGUUGCUCUUAAGGGUCCCUUGGCCACCCCCGUUGGAAAGGGUCACGUUUCCUUGAACUUGACUCUCCGUCGUACCUUCAACUUGUAUGCCAACGUCCGUCCCUGCAGGUCAGUCGUCGGCUACAAAACCCCUUAUGACAACGUCGACACUGUCCUCAUUCGUGAGAACACUGAGGGAGAGUACUCUGGCAUUGAGCACGAGGUUGUCGAUGGUGUCGUUCAAUCCAUCAAAUUGAUCACUAAGGAUGCCUCCGACCGCUGCGCGCGCUAUGCUUUCAACUACGCCAAGGAGACUGGUCGCAACCGCGUUACCGCCGUCCACAAGGCCAACAUCAUGAAGUUGUCUGAUGGUCUCUUCUUGUCCUCUUGCCAGGAAGUUGCUCGUGAGUUCCCCGAGAUCAAGUUUGAUGAUUUGAUGUUGGAUCGUGCCUGUUUGCAGAUCGUUCAGGACCCAAGCAUCUUUGCCGACACUGUCAUGGUCAUGCCCAACUUGUACGGUGAUAUUCUUUCCGACAUGAGCGCCGGUCUCAUUGGUGGUCUUGGUUUGACUCCCUCAGGCAACAUUGGCCGUGAUGCCUCGAUCUUUGAGGCUGUUCACGGCACUGCCCCUGAUAUUGCUGGUCAGGAUAAGGCCAACCCCACUGCCCUCCUCUUCUCUUCUGUCCUCAUGUUGAGACACAUGGGUCUCAACCAAUUUGCUGAUCAGAUCGAGAAGGCUACUUUGAAGGUCAUUGCUGAUGGCAAGGUUUUGACUGGCGAUUUGGGUGGUCGCUCCACCAACACUGAAUUCACUAAUGCCAUCAUCAGUGAGUUGUAAAGUUGGUAGAUAACAGUCUGCAGAUAGAGAGCGAAAGAGGUGUGUUUCUUUUAUAGGACACAGCCUGUAUUGUCUUUUUUUUAAUUAUCAUCAUUUUACUACUUUCCUCCCCUCCUCAUCAUUUGUUUUAAGCUCAUCUUCAUUUCAUCCUAUACAAUAAAUACCAAAACAAUGGAUCAUUGCUCAUACCGUG